UUGUGAUUUUGUUGUUUCACUUUUUUUUUUCCUUAUUGUUUUGGAAAAUAAAAAGAGAAAACAAAAGAAAAGCGGAUACAAGGGCUCUCUCUCUGCUCUUUAGAGAGAGGAAAUUUUCUCUUUUCUUCUUAUCUAUAAAAAAUCUUUCAGAGGAAAGAGAUGAAAUUUAGAGAGAGAGAUAGUUCUUCAUCUUUUGUCGGAAGGAAUCAAUGGGACGGUUGAUGAGUAUCUUCAUUGAUUCACCAGAUUCUCAUCGGCUCAUGACUCCCGGUUGUCGGGCUUCGACUCUGGAAACUGGCGGCUUGUUUAGCACCAUGUUUGUCGGCACCAUCACUAGCAAAUCAUCGUGGCUCUCUGAUGAUUUUUUCUAGUUCUUACCGGAUUUAUAUUUGAGUUUGUCUGUUUAUUUCUUUUCUUUUCUUUUCUUUUAAUUUGAUUUUGAUUCUCUGUUUUCUUUUUAAUUUCAAUUGUGUUACGUUUAUCAAUUUACAUAGCUUUAUCUUUAUUCCCCUUUUAUGGGUUCUUCAUCUUCAGGCUUAUUUCUAUCAUUAAAGAUGAUCUGAAUCAGAUGGAUUUAAGCUAUCUCUAAUGUUAUCAUGUUCAUGAUACAACUGGAUUCAAGCUUUGCAUCGAUGGUUCGGCUAUGGCUCAACCGUUCUGGAAUUGGUUAUCCAAUUCGCCUUGGUCCCUGUCGAUUUCCAGGAAUAUCAUAGUGUCGGCAGCCGGUGGAGGAAGAAAAAUGUCACAUAUGCUGUGUGUCUUUACUUUCGUAACCGUGGACAUGAUGUAGUUUUGAACUUUGUCUUUUUUUCUUUUUAGGUUUUUAUAGUUUGGGCCUUUUAUGCCUCUUUUGUGAAUGUGUGUUUAAUUUAGCUCUUCAUUGGCCAUUUAAUAAAACUAGAUGCCGAAAAAAAAAAUCUGUCUUUCCAAUUUCUCCUAGCCUAUUAUAGAGUGAAAGGAUCUGUCGUCAUUUCCUCACUUUCGUUCCAGAAUCUUCUUAUCAAACAUGGCCCAGAAUCUGGUCGGCUUAACCGAGAAACUAAGCUUGUCUUCGAACAAGAUUGUGUUGACCAGCUCCGACGGCGAUUCUUUCGAGAUAGGCGAAGCAGUAGCUCGCGAAUCCCACACCAUAGCUGAAAUGCUCGACGCCGGGUGUGCCGGAGAAAUCCCGCUUCAGAACGUCACCGGGAAAAUCCUCGACAAAGUCAUCGACUACUGCAAGACCCACGUCGAAGCUGGUCCGAUUUUUGAAGAAGACGAAGAAGAGGCGAAGAAGAAACUCAAGAUUUGGAAAGCGGAGUUCAUGAAAGUAGAUCUGGAAACCAUCUCCGAGCUCAUCCUGGCUGCUAACUAUCUCAACCUCCCAGGCCUUCUCGAUCUUUCAUGUCAGACGCUUGCAGAUUACAUUAAAGACAAAACACCAGAGGAUGUUCGCGAGAUCUUCAACAUUCAGAACGAUUUCACCCCCGAAGAAGAAGCAGCUGUUCGCAAGGAGAACGUAUGGGCUUUUGAAUGAUUCUAAAUAUUAAUUUCUUAGAUCUGUCUACAAGCUUCUUUCUCCAAUCAAUGCCAUAGUAUUUCGGAUCAAAGUCGUUAAGAGCAUUCAAAUGGUGUGAACGGUUGAAAUUAUAAUAACAUUUUCCAAAAGUUUUUAACGAUGCUUCCAAUGGUAAAGACAGAUGGUAACCCGUUUAUGCAUCCCACUACAAGUAUCACCCGUUGAGAGUUACUUUUGCGCUAUUUGGACUUGCAUGGCUCUAGGGAACUUAGCUUGGAUUGGGUUCACAUACAGCUACAUAACUAUGGAAUCGCAGAUCAGCAUUAUUGGUUGGUGAAACACUACUGACCAUUAACACAUAUUAGUAAUUUCACUGCCUACAUUAACAAGUUGUGUAACCUAGCGAUCUUCACGAGGCGUAUGGAUAGAAUCCUUAAAGCUAAAUCUCUGUUCGAGGAUAUACGGCUGUCUCUAGGGAAACAACGGAAAGAUGAACUGUUUUACACGUCUUUUGAUCCAAUUUUACCUAGAUGUUAUCAUAAUCCAGAAGACUUUUUGUGAAGCAACUCUUCAAAUAACUUCUCUUCGAACUAUUCUUAUGCAAGUUUGAUGAAGGAAAAGUAGGAUCUAGUUGGAACUGGUAGCGAACAUGAUAUACAGACCGCGGGAGUGUAAUCGGGAGUAACAAUAAAGCAUCAAACUUGAAAGAACAAAAGCAAUAAAAUAUUUUUCACUUGACAAAAACAAUAAAGCAAUACGCGCAAACGUUUUAACAAUCCAGAACGAGUUUUGUGUUUCAAGGACAAAAGCAAACAUAAACUGGAAGGAAAAAAAAA